AUGAAUCAACCAAAGAGAAAAUAUGAUACAACUCAACAAGUUAUAAACUUGGAUGACGACGAUGAUGAUAACAAAGAGUCGAUUAAUGAUAGUGUCAAGCAAGACAGUAAUCCCAAUCCACCACUUCUUCUUCUUCAUACCACCAAUAAUGUAGAAAAGAGGAUGCAUUUCAAUGUCGAUGAUGAUGAUGAUGAUGACGAUAAUGAAUCAGAACACCAAGGUAACCAUAAUAAUAAUGUAAAUAAGAAUAAUAAUAAUAAUCAAACGAAACAAACACAAUUAGAUGAUUGUCAUCAACCUCUCAAAAGAGUAAAGUUGGAAACCAUAGAAAAACCGCUUGUAAAUAAUAAUAAUAAUAAUAAUAAUAAUGUAAACCAAACCGAUCAAACAUCAACAACGUCUACAUCAACAACAUCAACAACAUCAACAACAUCAACGCCAUCAACAACAUCAACAAAAUCAACGUCACCAACCAAGUCUUCUUCUCUGUUUAAAUCGCCACCACUUUUUCCUCCUCUUUUUAAAUCACCAAAUGUAAUCAUAUCAAUCGAUUUGGAUGAUGUUCCAACAACAACAUCAAUAUCACCUUCACCAAUAUCACCUCCAUUGAUAUCACCAAGAGACGAACAAGAAAUCAUUAUUUUAGAUGACUAUGACUUCGAAACGAGUUUAAACGAUGUUAUCGAUGUUGAACAGAUGAUCAUUGAAGAGGAAAUCCAAAGACAAAAGAGUAUCAUCGAUGCGGAUCUUCAAAAAGAUAACUCUUUUUCAGAAAGAGAUAUCGAGGUAUGGAAAGGGCUCUUGUACAAAAUGAUCAAAAAAACCCCUUCAUUUAAACGAUUGACACAUUUAUUGGUGGCCUGUCAAAAUGCAACUGAUAUCUAUAUCAAGAGACGUCAUCUUUCCAUUUGUUUGUUACGAAUGUCAUUUAUUCGCAUGAGACUUCAACGUGUAUUUUUGUCAAUACCCAAGGUACUGACUAUACUGGUUGAAAAGGAAAAGAUCAACUUUCGAGUCAAUGAAAACCCCAUCACCGAUCCUAUCCAAAGAACAAAUAAAAAUGUUGGAAAGGAUGUUGAAGAAUUUAUUAUUCGAAUCAUUUCAUCUAGUCAACAAUUAAAAUGUGAUUCAAUUAUUUUAUCUGGAUAUUUGGAUGCACCUUUAGAUCAUGAUAUCUUUAACAAAAUUAACAACAGCAACAACCUCAACAAUGGAAUUAAUAAUACCAAUAACAACAAUAAUACUGAUAACAAUAGGGACAACAAUACUAAUAAGAGCAACAACAACAAUAGUAGUAAUAAUAUUAAUAAGAACAAUAAUAAUAAUAAUAGUAAUACCAAAGUUAUUAAAACUGCACCUCAUCCUUCAAAGUCUCCUGCUAAUAAUAAGGAAACAAGAACGAGCCAGAAUGAAGAGAUUAGUAAAAAAUUCCAAGAGAACAGAGCAACUUCCAAAAUCAACCAACCUUCCAAGAAGAGUGGAGAAAAAGUAAUUUUUUGUUUGGACGAUGACAGUGACGAAUAUAAUGAUGAUAAAGAUGAAAAAAGUGAUCAAGACACAAACUGUUAUGUAAUCAGCGAUCUCAGUGACUCUGACUCUGAUACAGAUAGCGAUUCUGAGAAAGAAAUUGACAGUGACAAUCCUAAUCAAACGUAUGAACCUCACAUGUCAAAAAUUGGUUCCAAAGAUUUUACUCUUCCCCUUCCUACACCUCCUUCUCAGUUUCUCCUUCCUCCCCCAACCCACCUUAUCCUUCCACCACCUCUUCCUUCUCGCCCACCUCAAGAUCCUCCACAUCCUCAGGAUCCUUUACAUCCUCCCACACCUAUAUCAGAACCCAAUCCAUUAAAGUAUCAAGAGAGAACAGGAAAGGAAUUCAUAUUUGAUAUUGAAGAAAUGAUAACGGUGGAAUUUGACCUUCGGAGAGAGUUGAGAAUAAAGGUUAUAAUAUAUCUCCGAGAACCAGGAUCAAUUAUCCUAUCUUAUCCUAUCCAAUCCAAUCCAAAACCUAUAAAGCCGACUUGGCCUGGCAUUCAAAUGAAUAUCCCAGAGUACACUUGUUUUCUUGGCUCAACUAUAUUAGUAUUUUUGUUGUUUGUUGUAUUUUCACCAAUAAUAUUUACAAAUGGAUCCAUUGAAAUAUCUGUAAACAACAAAGAUAUUCCAUCAACUUUGGUGAACCCACCAAACUUUACACCAACAACACCACCACAAUUUGUUAAAACCAAAAGACAGUGCAACUUUAGGUUAAAGAUUGAUAUUCCUGAUUUGUACAGUCCCAACUUUACCGAGAGAGCCUUGGCCGACUCACAUUUUAGAAAUGUAACUUGGGAGGAUCCCCGUCUCUCAGAGUGGAGUUGUGUGGAUGGACGCGCAUCGACUGGUAGCCAAGUAGGAACACCCGGAGGAGACAGUGGAGAGUUUUUACUCAACCUCGCUGUUGCCUCGUCUAUCUUUCCAGGCCGAAUCACCAAGUACAAUGUAGAAGAUUUGUUGCUGGGAUUCCUAGAGACAGAAACAGCACCACUGUACAUGCAUACUGAUUCUGAAGCCGACCAAAACCUACUAGAUGGAUUGAUGCGCAAGUACCCCGACUCUGGAUACACCCAAUCCAACUUUAACCUGUCUAGUCCAACACUCAGACAACAAAGUGAAAUCCUAUCGCUCAUCACCAACAUUUCCAAUGUAGGGUGUGGUCACAUUCGUUUGAUGUUGCAGUACCCAGACAUAUUCGAAAUGCCAAUUGAACUGACACAAGCCUAUAUCCAAGCAUUCUUCAAGACAGAGUGGAGCCAUUACAAUAGCAAUCGUACCGAGAUCCGUCGACGUCACCAUCCUCACAACUAUGUUAUUCUCCAAGGUCACCAUGAAGAAAGAGCAAUACUAGUUCUAAAGAUUAACCGUGAUAGAGUGAGCAAGAGCGACUCAUGCUACAAACUAGCACCCAAAAUCAUUCCAAAGGUAGCAGACAGUUCCAUCUUUCUUUCCAAUAGUGACGACAUUGCCAAAGGUGUACGUAAAAGAAUAGCAGAGUACUUGUUGAUCAGAUUUAGAGCAUCCUAUCAUCAAAUACAAGAAUACUUUGCCAAACUAUCCAAUCUAGCAGACAAACAAGGUGCAUUUACAUUUUCAAUCAUUGGUCCAACGUUGCCUAGAUUUACUUGUUCUAUUGAUCUAUUACCUUCUUCAAACGAUACCUAUCUAACAUCAUCCUUGAAGAUAGGUCUGCUUGCUACCCAUCUAGAAUCUACAGUACAUCUCUUCAAUCUGUCUAUGAAAUUAUCUUUUACUAUUGUUGGCAUUUUAGUAUUUUUUAUAGUUAAACUAUCAUCAUCAUCUUUUCAAUUUAUAUAUUCUAUGGAACAGGGUGAAAAUAAUUGUCAUGGAAAUCAGUUACUAUCAAUUGGUCAUCAUAUAGAAUCGAUGGACACUGCUAUUAUCCACACCGCCCAAUGUUCAUUCAAAUUGACCGUUGAAAUCCCUCCACAAUUUAAAUCCAACUUUACCAUUGAACAAUUGGCCAAACACUUUGAAAAAACUAAAUGGGUGGAUCCUGCAAGUGCAGAAUGGAGUUGUGUUGAUGGAAGAUCAGGUGAAGGGGAAUUGGGUACACCAGGUGGAGAUUCUGGAGAGUUCUUACUUGCAUUGGCAGUGAUGAAUUCCAUUCUUCCAAAUAAAAUCAAACCAAGUCAUGUCGAAGAGCUCCUCACUAAAUUCCUCGACAAUGAAGAUGUUUCCCUCUAUCUCCAUACAGAUGACCAUGCCGAGGCAAGAUUAAUACAUGUUCUGCAACAAAAGUUCCCCAACUCUCACUACAAUGAAAACUUUAACCUUGAAAAACCAACUGCCAAUCAACAAAAUGAAAUUCUAUCCAUUUUAUUUAAUUCUUCUUAUGUUGGUUGUGGUCAUAUUCGUUUAAUGAUUCAAAAUCCAGAGAUUUAUGAAACUCCAAUUGGAUUUACUGAAGCAUUUAUUAAAGCUUUCUUUACUACAGAGUGGAGUGAAAAAUCACACAAGACAGAGUUUAGAAGACAUGACUUUGUUAUUCUGGAGGGAGAUCAUGCUGAAAAGGCAAUCUUGUCACUCAAAGUAAAGAGAGACAAGAUUCCAAAGACAAAUAUGUGUUAUACAAGUGCCCCUUAUGUUCAACCAAAAGUUGGUACUGAUUCAUUUUUCCUUUUGCAUGGUGAAGCUGAAAUCAAUCAAGGUGUUAGAAAGAGAAUUGCAGAAUUCAUAUUCCGUCAAUUCAAUCUCACAUCUGACCUAAAGUCAAAGUAUUUUGCAAAGUUAUCUUCACUGGCAAAGAAACAAGGAGCAUAUACAUUCUCUAUACUAGCACCAAAACUUCCAACCAUUAAAUGUAAUAUGGAAAUGGUUACUCUUCCAAAGACUAUUGAAAUUAAAUUAAAUUAA